AUCGCUCACUCCACAGCAGACCGUGCCCCUCGCCUCCAUCACUCACUCUCAGAGCCCCCCAGCUAGCUAGAGUGCCCUGUGCAUCUCGUGCUCGAAGCACCCAGCAAGGGUCAAUUAGCAGCUGAUCUGUCGAUCAUGGGCAUGGAGGGGUGCUGCGACAAGAAGGUGAUGGAGGAGGAGGCCCUGGUGAAGAAGAUCACCGGCCUCGCCGCGGCCAUCGGCGAGCUGCCCUCGCUGAGCCCGUCGCCGGCGGUGAACGCGCUCUUCACCGAGCUGGUGACGUCCUGCAUCCCGGCGAGCACCGUGGACGUGGACGCGCUGGGCCCGGAGGCGCAGGAGAUGCGCGCCCGCCUCAUCCGCCUCUGCGCCGACGCCGAGGGCCACCUGGAGGCGCACUACUCCGACCUCCUCGCCGCGCACGACAACCCGCUCGACCACCUCACCCUCUUCCCCUACUUCAACAACUACAUCAAGCUCAGCCAGCUGGAGCACGGCCUCCUCGCCCGCCACGUCCCGGGCCCCGCCCCGGCCCGCGUCGCCUUCCUCGGCUCCGGCCCGCUGCCGCUCAGCUCCCUCGUGCUCGCGGCGCGCCACCUCCCCGACGCCUCCUUCGACAACUACGACAUCUCCGGCGAGGCCAACGAGCGCGCCAGCCGGCUCGUGCGCAACGACGCCGACGCCGGCGCGCGCAUGGCGUUCCGCACCGCCGACGUGGCCGACGUGACGACCGAGCUGGCGGGGUACGACGUGGUGUUCCUGGCGGCGCUGGUGGGCAUGGCCGCCGAGGAGAAGGCGCGCCUGGUGGAGCACCUCGGGAGGCACAUGGCCCCCGGCGCGGCGCUCGUGGUGCGGAGCGCGCACGGCGCGCGCGGCUUCCUGUACCCGGUGGUGGACCCCGAGGAGAUCCGGCGAGGCGGGUUCGAGGUGCUCACCGUGCACCACCCGGAGGACGAGGUGAUCAACUCCGUCAUCAUCGCGCGCAAGGCGGCGGCGCCGGCGGCCGUUGCCGCCGACGGCGACGUGCCGGUGAACAACGGCGGCAUGCCGGCGCAGUGCGCGGUGGCGGUGAGCAGACCGUGCCUCGGCUGCGCCUGCGAGCUGGGGACGAGGGCGCACCAGAAGAUGAAGGAGAUGGCCAUGGAGGAGAUGGAGGCGUAGGCAUCGGCAUCGCCAGCAGACAUCGGCAUCGCCCAGAGCACGGUGAUGAAUUCACCGACCGAUUAAUAUUUGCCCGAUUAAUCCGCGACCGAUACAUACAUGCAUGGUAAUAAUUCGCUUGUCCUCAUGCAUGGAUGGAUGUGGCUACCUAUUUACCACCAUAAUUAUUAAUCCUUGCCUGCGUAUGGCUGGCUGGAUUAUUUAUUUUCUACCGUAAUUGUGCCGUGUUUGUUUUAGCAAUCGUCUGACAGCUGCUGCAUGCCUCCGGGUUUAACAUAGAGGAGGAGGAUGAUAUGUGUCGUGUUGUGUUGUGGUGAGAUCGAGUCGAGUCGAGUUGCCUGCCUGCUGUUGUAAUAAGUGAUUUUGACACUCUAUAUGACUGAAGUGAUCAUCACCAAUGCAAGAAGUGCAACACCUAUGCUUUCUUAA